CCAUGUCGGCUCAAGUUACAUGUUGGGAAAUUAAUUGCCGCGAUCGAGGGAUUGCGGUCAUGAGCCGCGGCUAUGGACAUGGUCCAUACUAUGGAAAGGGUAAAGCCGGAAAGGGUGGAUACCAUCAGAACCAUGACAAUGGGGAAGGACCGCAGAUCACUGUGAACUCCCUACGUGCUGGUGAGACGGUUGAUGUUUUCCACCGAUACAGACAAGACCCGAAUGGAUACUUUAUGGUCCAGCAUCGCACAUCGGGAGUUCUGCACCCCAGUGUAGGAAAGACCGAUGGCUGGACCACUGCCCGGGUCAAUGCAAACUGGGACGCUCAAUACUACAACCCCCACGACUACCAGACCUGGGUGGAGAUCCAGUGGACACAUCCUCUCUGGUAUAAUCGCCGGGGGCACCGACUCGAUGUGAAGAACCCUUCCAUGGUGACUCAGCGAGUCAUGCCAGAGCAAGUCCGCCGUGGCAAGUCAGAAGCACAGAGGACUCCACAGUUGAGCCUUUUCCAUUUGCGCUGGGGCGGAGAGCAGCCGGUGAACCCUGUGACCGAGGGUGCUGGCGGUUGGGGCGCCACCGGAUCCAAUCCAUCCGACAACUACAUCAAUGCUUGGGAGGAUGUUGUGUUUCGAAUGCUGGGCCCGAACUAUGAGAUCGUCUCAGCCUUCAUCCAGAACUCAGAUGAAUUAGGCAAAUUAGCACCAGCACUUCUUCGGCAUUUGUUGAAAGGUCAACAUGUAGCAGCUUGCUACUUUAUGUGGCCUAUUGCAUUCCAAGAUGGCCACGAAUUUCCUGCCUAUGUUCAAAGAGAGAAACUUAUUGAGUUGAUGGUGCAGAUGGAGGCGGCGGGCAUUCCAAGCCGCUUUCCGCACGAGUCUCACCUGUACAAGAUCUUUGCCUCCAAGGAGUGGACAGCCCAAAUGUGUCUCCACCCGCUGCUCAAAGUGCCGCUCACCACUAUGGUGGCGCGUCAAGCGGUGGCGUCGGACCCCGCCAAGGCCGCCAUUGAUGCAAUGCAGGCGCUGAAGAACUUGGCAGAUGCAAGAGCAUCUUGGAACCGCCAGCUUGGGCAGCCAGAAAAGCCAUAUCCUAACAAGGGAGUGGCUAAGCUUGGCUGGAGCUGGGAGGCAAUGGAUGUCCAAGCUUGGAGGAAUAAGCAGGAGCUGGAGCGGGCACUCGUUUCUCUGGUUGAACAGCCAGGCAGUAUGGUUGACCAGAUCUUCGUUCAGGAGUGGGUUGACUUUGAAGUGGAAAUGAGGCACUUUUUGGUGGAGGUUGAUCUCAAUGAUCGAUCCACUUGGAAGCCGAAGUAUAUUGUGUACACCGUCUUCAAAUCUCGAGAUGACGGCUGCUUCCGCGAUUUUGACAAGUAUGACCGACAAACAGCCAUCAACAUGACCUUCCAAAGCGACGAGGCCGCCAUGGCCGAUGCCGAGAAGCAGGCAGAGGAGUUGGUUGGACGGUGGCUUCAAUGGCUGCAGGCGCAGACGCAUACCAUGCCCACAGUGGUGCGAAUGGACAUCAUGGCAAGAAGAUUGGGUCCUGGAAAGGCAGCGAUUGCCACCGGCGAGCUCACAGAAUUGGGUGGCUGCUUUUUGGGUUGGCCUCAAGGGCCACAGACCGUCUUCAGCGCCAUGCUGCGCUCCUGCUUCAAGAAUACCGCUGCUCUCGCGCCAUAUUGACCCGUGACUGGCCUAUGUCAGCGUAGAAACCAUCAGCAAGACUUCUAGACUACCCAUGCCGUGUGUGAUCAGUUCAAUCGGUCCCGUCAGC